AUGAUAUUCUUGGCCCGGCCGGGCGCCAGGAUGCAGCUGUGCCAAGGCAUCUCAGCUGUAACCUGCAGCAUCCCCUGCUAUUCCCGACGUUGGUUCUUUGCCCGGUGCUGCCGACGCGCAUCAGUGCUGACCAGCAACACCCCCUGCUGUUUCUGCCCUGGCUACCCACACAGUUCUGACCUACAGUGGGCGGGCAGCGCGGAAGGGGUUAAGCGGUGGGAGACGCUCCGCCAAGGAGCCGGGUGUUCCCAGCAGGUGGCCUCUCCGUCGUUGCUGCUCCUGCUGGCCGGCUGGCUGGCGCCGGGGGCGGGCGGGCAGCUGCGCUACGCGGUGCCGGAGGAGCUGGAGCACGGCGCCUUCGUGGCCAACCUGGCCGAGGACCUGGGCCUGGACGUGGGCCGCCUGUCGGCGCGGCGCUUCCGCACGGUCUCCCGGGCGGGCGGGCGGCAGCACCUGGAGGUCAACCUGGAGAACGGGAUCCUCUUCGUCAACGAGAAGGUCGACCGCGAGGCGGUGGGGGAGGGGGCCGCCGGGGGAGGGGGCGCCGCCGCCGCCUGCCUGCUCCACCUGCAGCUGGUGAUGGAGAGCCCGCUGGAGCUGCACCGCGUGGAGGUGGAGGUGCUGGACAUCAACGACAACGCGCCGCGCUUCCCCUGGCCGGAGUACGUGCUGGAGGUGACCGAGUCGGCGCUGCCGGGCGCCCGCUUCCCGCUGGAGAGCGCGCAGGACCCGGACGUGGGCGCCAACUCCCUGCGCACCUACCGUCUCAGCCCCAACGGCUUCUUCUCGCUGGAGGUGCAGACGCGCAGCGACGGCAGCAAGUUCGCCGAGCUGGUCCUGGAGCGCGGCCUCGACCGCGAGCAGCAGCGCGGCCACCGCCUCCUCCUCACCGCCCUGGACGGCGGCGUCCCCGAGCGCUCCGGCACGGCCCGCGUGGUGGUCACCGUCCUCGACGCCAACGACAACGUGCCGGCCUUCGACCAGUCCUCCUACAGCGUCAGCCUGCCCGAGGACGCGCCCCCGGGCACCCCGGUCGUCCGCCUCAACGCCACCGACCCGGACGAGGGCGCCAACGGCGAGGUGGAGUACUCCUUCAGCGGGCACGCGCCGCCGCGGGUGCGGGAGCUCUUCGCCGUCGAGGCGCGCAGCGGGCAGGUGCGCCUCAAGGGCCAGCUGGACUACGAGCGGGCCAGCCUCCACGAGCUCUACGUCCAGGCCAAGGACCGCGGGCCCUCCGCCGUGGCCGUCCACUGCCGCGUCCUGGUGCACCUCCUCGACGUCAACGACAACGCGCCCGAGGUGGCCCUCACCUCGGUCUCCACGCCUGUCCUGGAGGACGCGCCGCCGGGCACCGUCAUCGCCGUCAUCAGCGUCCUGGACCGGGACUCGGGCGACAACGGGCAGGUGAGCUGCGAGAUCCCCGACGACGUGCCCUUCCAGCUGCGCGCCUCCUUCCCCAACUACUACACCCUGGUGACCACGCAGGCCCUGGACCGGGAGGCGGUGGCCGAGUACAACCUCAGCAUCACGGCGCGGGACCGGGGCUCCCCGCCGCUGGCCACCCGCCAGACGCUCAGCGUCCAGGUCUCCGACGUCAACGACAACGCGCCCCGCUUCCUGCAGCCCUCCUACAGCGUCUACGUGCUGGAGAACAACGCGCCGGGGGCCUCCAUCUGCUCGGUCAGCGCGCGGGACCCGGACGCCCGGCAGAACGCCUACCUCUCCUACUCCAUCGCCGAGGGGCAGAUCCAGGGCAUGCCGGUGGCCACCUACGUCUCCAUCAACUCCGACAGCGGGCACAUGUACGCCCUGCGCUCCCUCGACUACGAGCAGAUCCGCAGCUUCCAGGUGCAGGUGCUGGCCCAGGACGCUGGCUUCCCCCCGCUGGGCAGCAACGUCACCGUCCACGUCUUCGUCCUCGACCAGAACGACAACGCGCCCGUCAUCGUGGCGCCCGUGCCCCGCAACGGCUCGCUGGCCGUCGAGGUGGUGCCGCGCUCGGCCGAGCCGGGCUACCUGGUGGGCAAGGUGUCGGCGGUGGACGCGGACGCCGGGCAGAACGCGCGCCUCUCCUACCAGCUCCUGCGCGCCACCGAGGCCGGCCUCUUCAGCGUGGCCCUCUACACCGGCGAGAUCCGCACCGUCCGCGCCUUCCAGGACAAGGACGCCCCCCGGCAGCGGCUGCUCGUCCAGGUGCGCGACAACGGGCAGCCGCCGCUCUCGGCCUCCGUCUCGCUGCUGCUCUCGCUGGUGGACAGCGUCCCCGAGGUGCUCUCCGACUUCAGCGAGUUCCCGCUGGGGCCCGAGCCCCCCGGGGCCUCGCCCCUCACCCUCUACCUGAUCGUCUCGCUCGGCUCCGUCUCCUUCACCUUCCUGGUGGCCAUCCUCGUCCUCACCGCCGUCAAGUGCCGCAAGGACCGCCUCACCCUGCGCGACUAUUCCUGCGCCCUCCCGGCCGCCGCCGCCGACUGCUGCCGCCGCCGCUCGCCCGCCCCGUCGGACCUCUUCAAGAACGCCAACAACGCCAACCCGCCGGGCGCCGCCGCUGGCAACAAGGCGCCCGCGGGCGGCGGGGAGGGCGGCGCUCUGGCGGGGCCCCCGGGCUACUGCUACAAGGUCUGCCUCACCCCGGAGUCGGCCAAGAGCGACUUCAUGUUCCUGAAGCCCUACGGGCCGGACCCGCCCCGGAACAACGAGAAGGGCCCCGAGAACGGGCCCCCGAGCGCCCGGGGGGCCAAGAACGCGCUGCAGCCCUCCGGCCAGCGAGCCGGCUUUUCCCGGGACGUGACCCCCAUGCUGAGCAGGCCGGCGUCGAAGAGCCUGGCUGCAGGGCCCAAGCCGGGAUUUGCAAAGGCAGCCGCAGCCGGUGGCGCUUUCCGUCCACCAGCCGGCGAGCCUGACGCCCAGAACUGGGAACCCGCGGAGCACGGGCGAGGCGAGCGCUUGGAAAGGCGCGCCGCCUGGCUUGGCCUGGCCUCUCCCCGCAGCUGGUCGACAACUCAAAUGGACUGGGGCCUAUUGCGGAAGCGUAAAGGCUCCCGGUGGCGUUUGAGUGUCAUGACCAUGACGGCGGCCCGUCCCAUUCCUCUUUCCCCUUCUUUGCAGGCGAAACAGCCCAACACGGACCGGCUACCCUCGAAGGCUCAGCAGUCAGCCCUGAAAAGCUCACGAAGCCUAGAAGACGUUGGGGGAGGCCGGCGAGGUGCCCAGAAGGAACACGACAGGCUGCGCACCCUGGUCACUCCGGUGUCUGAGCUCCAGAAGACAUCUGGGCCCCCCAACAGCAUCUGGACCCCUCCAUAUGCCCCCAUGUACACGCAACACACCUCACCCUUGGAUUAUCAGCAUAAUGUGUAUAUUCCAGGGACCCCAACCAUGCCUGCCACCAAGGAUGGGCCCCCUUCUCUGGAUCAGGAGGCCAAGAACAGCUUCUCUACCUUCGGGAAGAGGAAGAAAAUGACUACCUAUUGCGAUACACAUGACAACAUGGUGAUUAACAAUAACCUGAAGUAA